AUGCCGACAAAUUUGGUGCGCCACGGAGGUGUCAGCAUUUUGUUGCUGGCGACCUUCCCCAUGACCUGGCUCUGUGCGCGCCCGGAUCCGAUGCUUUCUAUCCGUGGCCGGAUGCGGCUGCGCUUGCGCGCCGAAGACCAAGACACCAUGGGGGAACUCUUCACCAAGUACUACCGAUUGCAGGAGGUGAACCGGAAUCUGGCAGCAGACACCAAAAUAGCUGUCGUCUCGGAGCUUUUGGACGUCCUGGAUGAUUUGGAACGUGGCGCGCGUUUGGACGCGCCAGGCACCGGUAGCUCUGGCGAAACGCUGGCAACUCUGGCCAAGAAGUUUGAAUCAAGGCUGGAAUCGUUGGGCUUCCAAAGAAUUGAGGCCCUGGGGAAGACCUUUGAUCCGAGUCUCCAUGAGGCGGCGUUGAGGCGGCCAGGUGCUACCACUGAUGAAGUCCUGGAGGAGUUAAGGCUUUUGGCUGCUAUGGUUGUGGCCACUGCUGAGAAAAGGAUCCCCCAGCCUCUGCGUGCUGACGUCCUGGAUUCCUGCUGGCAUCAGCACCUGCCUGGAAGCAGCAGCAUCUUUCGGCUGCUGCUCCGGACCUAUGGAUGGAGAUACAUCUACAUCCUCUUUACCUUCACCUUCUGGUUCUUCAGUCUGUCGAUGCUACCUUACCUUACAGACCGACUCUUCCAGUGGGUCGUGGAAACUGAAGAUAGCGUUUCUUGGGAAGACAAACCAAAAGGCCUCAUGUGGACAUCUCUGUUGGUGGCAAGUUACCUGGUGAACUGCAAUUCUGCUUGCCAGUGGUAUCAGCAGACGACCCACCUCGGUUGUGAGUUGCGCUCGUCGGCAGCCAUGAUAGUCUUCCGCCGGACGCUGCAACUGCAGAUCCAGGAUUCCCGGAGAGAUGCGGCCCUGAAUUUGUUGCAGGUGGACACCGAGAGGCUUUACAUCUUCGCACAGCUGAACCACCUCAUCUAUGUGGCUUUGGUGGUGCUGAGCACGUCCUAUAUCUAUUUGACUAUCUACGAGGGGCAUGCAGUGGCUGUAGUGGCGAUUGGUAUCCUUGUGUCGACUGUUCUGCUACAAAGUGCGUUAAGCCGUUGCGCUUGGCCUGCGAGAAGAAAGAUGCAGCAGUUCAGUGAUGCCCGCAUUUCGUUGAUGGCUGAGAUCCUGGAUGCAGUGAAAGUUCUGAAGAUGUACGGAUGGACGGAGCCCUUGCAGCGCCGAGUGGAGGAGUUUCGGCAGAAGGAACUUCACCAGGCUUGGAUCUACUUGGGCAUCAGAGGUUUCAGCAGCGCACUUCUCUACAUCUCCCCCUCCUUGUCCAUGCUGGCUGUGCUUCUGAUGAUGCACUUGCAGGGCAAGGAGUUAUCUGCUGAGAGGGUCUUCUUCAUUUUCACCACAGUGGGCAUUGUCCGUGCACCGCUGGGUGGGGUGGCCAUGGGUUUCUCUGCCGUGGUCGAUGGCCUUACGGCCUUCCGGCGAUUGAAUGCCUUUGUGUCGAGUGGAGAUUUUGACAUCUAUCGAGAGGACCUGCGUGACGACAGCAAGGAUCGAGACAUCGAGACAGCUCCGAAAACUCCUCACAUCCGUGGCAGCUUUUCACACAGUGCCACCAGCCGCCUGAGGAUUGAUCUGUCCCUAAAGCCAGGUGAGUUGGUCGCUGUUUGUGGACGUGUUGCAGCUGGAAAGUCGUCACUUCUCUUGGCCAUGCUGGGUGAGAUGAAAGGUGACGCGUCUGCCUCUGUGUGCCUGCCAGGUGUUGCGUACUUGGCACAGACACCUUGGAUCCGAAGUGGCACUGUUCGAGAAGCGGUGCUUCAAGAGCUUCCUUAUGACGAGAAGCUCUACUGGCGUGCCUUACGGGCUGCACAACUUCUGCCAGAUUUGAGGGUUUGGAAAAGGCGACCUUCAUCCUGUGGGGACCAGGGGCACGACUUUGUCUGGUGGGCAACGGGCGAGGUUGGGCUUGGCACAUGUCUUGUACCGCUGCUUGGUGUCCACUGUGGAGCUAGUUCUGCUGGAUGA